CCGGUUGUUUGAGAAACAUGAAGCCAAGGAAGUCACAAUCCGAAUCUGCUCCAUCCAAGUCCUAUUCGAAAAAGAAGGUAGCAAAAAAUAAGAAAAUUCCUACGGGGAAAUGUUUUCCCACACACAAAAUUCCCCGAUCCAAGAUGGACCGGGCAAUGGAAUUUCUGGAAGCUGACAACGGUGGCAAACAGAUUUCAAAACGAAAAGGAGAGGUGCAGAGCUACGCCUGUUUCGGAAACAUUGCGAACAAGGUCAGUGCCAGCCGGAGGGUGGACAACUACAUGAACGAUACGGCCAAUGUGCUGCAAGUGGCACGCCAUUGUGCCCUGCGCGGACGCUGGCCGGAGCUAAUGAAAACGGUGGCCAUUCUGAUGGAGGACGUGCGGUUGUACGAUGUGCAUGCGGCGGUGAGGAACGCUUUCUACUGCAUCAUGGCCGACCCUGUGCUUAACGAUCCAUCCUUUCUCGAGGCAUAUCUCUACUCGAAUCCUCGAUGCAGCAACGCAGGGGACGUAUCGUACUGUAUCGACAAAAUCCUGGAAGUCUUCCAGGGAGUUACUAUCAUCCCGACUGGACGCCGAAACGUAGCUCAAAGUAAAUUAGAUAUGGAUGAUAGUUCAUCGUCGGCGGCGGCUGAUAGUGACGGCAUGGAAUCGUCGGAAGACGAAUGAUCUGUUUUUCCCCCUAGGAUGCAGUUUUAGUAUAGUGUAAAAAUGGCUGAAUGGAAUAAGUGUGCAUGA